AUGGCUUGGGAAGCUCAUUCUCGAAUGCUACCUCCUUCUGCGCCUUCCGGUGGAACCCCGAACAUUCCCGUCGAUCCCGGACCAGAACCGCAUAUGCGCGCCAGAAAAUUCGCACCUCACCCCAUCACCAGCAGAGAUCCAGAACCAGACACCGUGAAGAAGGCCACGCCGGGGCCAAGCAAGCGCACCACCAAAUCCACAUCCAAGGAUUGCGAUAAUCCGGAUAAGCAAGAUCUCCCUGCCAAAAGCAGCCGCGAAAUCCCGGGCGACCACUACCUCAUCCGCUGGCUUACGCCAGCUGAGGACGACUGA